ACCGUUCGCCGAUAAAUUCUUGGACUAAAACGUUUCGCUUUAGUUUAACCGAAGGCGCGAUUAUUAAGAAACCGGGUUGAUUUCUUAAUGCAAGAUGGAUUUAAAAGAAGAAAACAUCUCAGACCAACUAAUAUAUGAUCUGAGCCACCAAAACACACCAAGGUUUCCACGUAGGAAACAAAAACACAUCGAACACACCAUUAAGGCCUGUCUACAAGAGAUUUCAUAUCCCCCGACCCCGCCGCAUGUAAAGCAGUUCCGCAGCACCGUUCGGGCAGGACCAGGAGCCGUCAGACGGCCCUUAUGCAGGGUGACAGACCCAGAGGUUAUCAAAGUCAUGGUUCAUGGCGUCAGAAGCGGCUCAACCGACUCUCAGGACAAUGACUUGAUAUUUCCUCCCGAAAAGUCACUCUUCCAGCGCAAACUAAAUGAACUCAAUGAGUCUGUUUAUGCUUCGAGUAAAGUCCUGCUGGGCCGAACACCUGCCCCAUUUUCUGAGUUUCCCGACUGGAUCAACGAAGGGACUACAUUUGGAGAUAAAGUAGUCAGAGAAUAUGAGAUGGCUGAAGUCUUGUUCCCUCCAAAAACAGCAGAGGACUUGGCGCUAGAAGCCGUGAACAUUGGAAGGUUUGAUUUCAGUGAGGUCCAUAAAGACAAGACGUUUGGGGAUCCCACACCACACUGCAACGAUGGCCGUUAUACUGCCAAAACUGUUCACUGGUUAGGUGAACCACACAAGUUUCACAAUCCAAAUCCUGCUUGGAAGAGAUCUGGAAACAAGGAAAAGUUGGCAUUGGAAACUGGCAACCCCAGCCUCAUUCGUGGUAGGAGGAAAAGUCCUCUGCCUGUUCCACCUGACCACAUAUUUGGAGAUGCUUGUCCAGCGGAUCCGUGUGGAGCUGGAGAUCUUCUCCACAACGCUGAGCCGGGGACGUUUAUUCGAGGUCCAGAUUGGGAGCGAAGUGCGAUUGGUGCAGCGAGACAUUUCCUCAAGAGGGUCAACUUUAACAACUUUUCCUGUCUGCUGCAGGCUUUCAAAUAUUAUGACAAGAAAGGAAGGGGCCUGAUCGAUAGAGCAGAUCUGUGGACAGUUUGUCGGGAGUUUAACCUGACCCUGAAUGGCAAACUUCUAGAUGGACUGAUGGAGUACUGCGACGUAGACAAAGAUGGAUUCCUCAACUUUGUGGAAUUUGCUAAUUUUCUAACAUAUAAGGACAUAAUGCCCAUCCAUGAGACUUAUUUUGGAUUACCGCCAAUCAGUAUGAAUACCAAGAUAGCAUCAGAUUUACCUAAAUUUGUUCCCUCGCUGGCCUUGUAUGGGCCUCACGACCUGGAGCCAGUGGAGCCAGGCAGCUCAAAGCAUACCAUCAGGACCAUCAGGAGACCCAGACCAGAUUUAGACUUCGUAUCCUCCAGCAGUGAUGAGCUGCCCACACCUAGUGGUCGCACCUACGGGAUCCCAUCCAUACGCUACGACCUUCUACCUCCACUUGUCAGACGAAUCAGCGACAAAACGGACUACGGGGAUUUAGCCACACUUCCAGAGCUCCUGCAUCCAUCAGUGCCUGAUCUCUAUGGAGUUGAUGCGAAGCAUUACUUUGGUCCUCGAACCAAGCAGGAGAUUGAGGAGAUUUUCAGAAAUAUCGGUGUGAACAUUUCUGACGAGACGUUUGAGGAGGCCUGGAAGCUGGCAUCCAUGAAGAAACCCAGCGGGGAAGUUUGUGUCGAACAUUUCCGUCAGACACUAAAGGAAUUAAAUGCAAUUUAAAAUUAUUCAUAAUUAGGCUUGAGCAGCAA